AAUAGUUAUAAGAAUAAUCUGGAAAAGGCUUUAAAAUAUUCUUCUUUUUCCUUUCCUUUUGUUUGUUUAAAAAUAUUGCCCUUUUUUUUUUUCCUUGCAGAGUGAGGACCCUUCGGUGCUUUCAUAGCCAGAAAUUUGUAAAACUAUCACAAAAUACUUUUGAGAACUGAUCUGGGAAAAUCUUAUUUUUGGUUCUGAGUUGUGAAUCAAAGAUGGAUUUUGGCCUAUCAGUCUUGAUAGCGUUGAAUGCAGCAGCAUGGUUGCUUUUAUUUCUAUGCUUUAUGAGCUUUGGGUUCACAUUGUUGGCGAUACCAUUGUUGUAUGCAUCGUUGAUUUCUUGGCUUGUUUCAAUAGCUUCUCACCCUUCAAUCAAUCUUCCCAUGCUUUUGGGCAAAAAUCCAGAUGGGUCUUUUCCUAUUUGGUCAACAGUCAUGUUUUUCCCAUAUUUGUACUUUAGUAGAGUUUUUUCGAUGGUGAGAAGAUCCAUUAAUAGUGAUGAACCUUACUCUCAAAUAUGUGAGGGUAUAUAUGUUGGUGGCUGGCCUUCUUCGCCUAGUUUAUUGCCGCCGGGUAACCCUGCUAUUAUCGAUUGCACAGCUGAAUUUCCAAGAAUUAAGGAGUUGAAGGGGCACUCGUAUUUAUGCAUUCCUACUUGGGACACGAGGUCACCUCAGCCAGGGCAAAUUGAAUCAGCUGUGAAGUGGGCUUGUCGAAAGAGAGCUCGAAAUCAGCCAGUGUUCAUCCACUGCGCCUAUGGUCAUGGGAGAAGUGUUGCAGUGAUGUGUGCGUUAAUAGUGGCAUUAGGCAUUGUGGAAGACUGGAAAAGGGCUGAAAAGUACAUAAGAGAAAGGCGACCUUAUAUUAGAAUGAAUUCUCUUCACCACAAAGCUUUAGAAGAAUGGUCUAAUUAUAGACUAUCUUCUCCUAAUAGAAAUGGAGAGCCAAAUCCCUCUGGUAAUACAAAGUCUGCAAUGGUGGAAAAGAAAAUUGAUUGAGUUUUUUUAACUUGCUGUAUUGGCCAUCAUUUUCCAACUCAUUCAUUGUCAAUGACCCUAGCCAAUACUCAUUUCCUAUUACUUUGCUUUGAUUUGUGCUGCUUAAAGCUCAGCUGAGUGAUGACUGUAAAUGAAUGAUAUUAUGCUUCUAAGCUAAAGUUGUGAGUUUGAACAUGCAUCCUACUUUGAACUUUGAAGUCAGGUUUUUUCAAAGAAGUUCGUAAUUAUAAGAUAGAAGGGGUUGUCAGUGUUAAAAUUUAAAUUUUAAAAUUAUUAGAUGUCAUAUCUUAAGAGACAAUGGCAUGAUUUA